ACUUUGACAUUGACAUUAUAUGACGUUCUGCUUCGAUUUUUCUUAUUCACGUUUUCAUUAAAUAAUUUUGGAAAAUGGAGGUGAUCGAUACUGAUAUCAGGCCAUGGAGUGCUGAAGAUGUAAAAGAACAGUUCGGAGAUAGCCUCAGUCUCCUUCCUUCCAACGACAACAUCAAAGAACUACAGACUAUCUUGAGGGAUAAAAACACAACACGAAGUGAUUUCAAGUUUUAUGCUGACCGUCUGAUUCGUCUUGUUAUUGAGGAAAGUCUAAACAACUUGCCCUUCACUGACUGUGAAGUGGUCACACCUACAGGAGCACUUUACAAGGGACUUAAGUAUGGAGCGGGGAAUUGUGGAGUCUCUAUAGUGAGAUCGGGAGAGGCUAUGGAACAAGGCCUAAGAGACUGUUGUCGGUCAAUCCGCAUCGGUAAGAUCCUGGUAGAGAGCGACACGGACACGCACGAAGCGCACGUUGUAUAUGCUAAGUUUCCAGAGGACAUCGCGCGUCGACAGGUCCUGCUCAUGUACCCCAUCAUGUCUACUGGCAACACUGUCAAACAGGCAGUGAAUGUGUUAACUCAACAUGGUGUGAAGGAAGAACGUAUAAUUCUAUCGAACCUGUUCUGCACGCCGGCGGCCGCGCAGGCCGUGGCGGAGUACGUGCCCCGUCUCAAGAUACUCACCUCGGAGCUGCACCCUGUCGCACCCAACCACUUCGGACAGAAGUACUUCGGCACCGACUGAUAUGAGGAUGAUACUUCCUUAUUUGGACAUGUUUGAUUUAUGGUGUAAUUUUUUAUUUUCUAUCUUGAAUUUCGAUAUGAUCGAUGUGUAUAUAUGGGUUUGACAGAAAUGUUCUAUCUGUGCGUUCCCUCCAUAGAUCAAAUUCAAAUUAAAUUACAGAUAUCUAUGGCCAAAUGUUGCGUCAUUUCGGCGAAUUUAGCCGCUUGCUCAUUUGCAGCCCUGACAUAAAUAGAUAUACACACAAUAAUUAUUUUAUGAUUUAGUUUAGAUAUGUAUGUUUUAUAUUAUAGUCUAUGUAUGUUUACUUGUGCAUAUGAUUUUCAAACAUUAUCAUUAAUAUGAAGGAUCUAACAUAACAAAGCUAUAAUUAUUCAGUUCUAAUAUGCUUUAUUGUAUUUUUUUCUUUAAUUGAGGAGAAAAUUAUAAAUAUGUACUUAAGAUGAGGCGUUCAUCCCUAACAACAUGUUUAAACAUUAUAAAUGUGUUCUCAGUAAUUUUUAAUUAUUAUAAGUGUUUGAAUGUAUUAAAUUCUCCAGAAAACUUUGAGUAUAUAACAAAAAAAAAUCGACAGUGUUACCAUGCCCUUAUAUCUGUGGCAUUCAAAAAUUAUAUAAAGAUUUAAAAUGCAAAGUCAGUUUUUCUUUUUGUGUAAUUUUAUCUGAAUUUGUAUGUAAAUAGUUAUAACUAAAUGAAAUCAAACAAUGUAUUCAAACGUAAUGUAUUUUUAAAGUUAACCAAAGAAAAAUAAUAUUAAAAUUAAAAAAUUACUCUUUGCUUUGUAAGAUAUUCUUAUAGUUAAAAGAAUUAUUUGUAAAUGGUCAAAAAGAUCUACAAAAAUACUUGUUUUUAGCAAGUUUAUUUAUUAGGAUGACUAAGGUAUAAACUCCGUUUUGUGACAUGUAAGGAAAGAUCUCUGUAAUCAAUAAAAUAUUUUUGAAUGUGUAGCAUAGUGCCACAGAUUAUCUAAUUUUCUUUACAGCAUUAUAAUUAAAACUAAAUUUUACAUGUAAAUACAGGACGAAUGAAUUUAAAAGUAAAAUUAAUAAAAAUUAAAAAAAAAAAUCGUUGGAAAAAGUGUAAAUGAAAAUGCAUUUACUAAUUCCCAAUGUUUGAAUUAAAUCCAUACUAUGCCAUAUUGAAAAGUGGAGUUAAGAGGAUUUUUUUUAAUGUUAAGAGAUCUUUUAAGUUUUACUGUGUAAAUGUAUUUAUAAAAAUUAAUUAUAAUUGUGCUAAAUUGUAAAUUAUAUCAAAUAAUAAAAAAUGUAUACCAGCAGCCUUUGCAGCCUUUAAACAUAAUCAACUUUAUUGCGUAGCUUUGUAAUAGAACGUUGUAAAUUUAUAUCUCAAGCUAUUGUGACUUAGCUACAAGUUGUAUAUCUCUUUGAAUAUAUUAUGUAAUAAAUACAUGAGGUUUU